AUGGCCCCAGAAACCAGCACCGGCACGAAACGCUUUUAUAGCACUUCGUCUCCAUGGGAGGCCCGAUUCGGCUACUAUCGCGCUGUACGCCAUGGCCAGCACAUCUUCGUGUCAGGGUCAACGGCAGCAGAUCCCGAUUCUCCAACAGAAGCACCACGAGUUCGCUUCCCAGGUGACGCUCGACAGCAGGCACGUGUGACCCUCGAAGAGAUUGUUCAAGCGAUCCAAGCUGUUGGAGGAAGGGGAGCGGAGAGUGUGGUUCGGUGUCGAAUGUUUGUGAGUAGAAAAGAGGACUGCGGUGUUGUGGGCGAGGCUUUCCGAGAGGUCUUGGGCAAGAAGAAUGGAGGGCAGGUCGGUGCUGCUGCGACUAUGAUCGUUGUCGCCAACAGUUUUGUAGAUGAUGACAUGCUGGUUGAGAUUGAAGUGGAUGCCAUUGCGGAGGAUGAUUAG